CAUACAGUAUUCUCCAGUUGUUCAGAUAAAAAUGGAUUGGAGUGAUCAUAUGAAUAAGUCAUUGUGUUUAGCUAAAGAAGCAUUAGAAGUAGGGGAAGUUCCUGUUGGCUGUAUUUUUGUUGAUAAUGACGGUAAUAUUUUAGCUUCAGGUCGUAACACAGUAAAUGAAACAAAAAAUGCAACUAGGCAUGCUGAAAUAAACUGUGUCGAUUCAAUUGUUCAGGCUGGCUUUUUAGAAAAACUAUCUAACAUAACUGUUGUUGUUACUGUGGAACCUUGCAUAAUGUGUGCUGCAAUGUUGAUAAAUAUCGGUUGUACUAACAUUAUUUUUGGUUGUGCUAAUGACCGUUUCGGUGGCUGUGGUACUGUACUUGCUGUUCCUGGUUUAGAAAAAUGUAAAGUUCAAGGUGGAUUAUUUGGAAACCAGGCCAUGGAUUUACUUAAACAAUUUUAUAAAGGCCAAAAUCCAAAUGCUCCUGAAAAUAAAGUUAAAAAAAAACUUGUAAUUCCAUAAAAGACAAUUUUAUUUUGCAUUUAUACUUAUAUAAUUUGAUCUAAGGCGAGUAAUUUUAAACAAUG